AUGAGCAUAAAUUUAACUCAAAAACUUAUCAUAGUUUUUGUUUUAAUUAUUUCCAUCUCAGCAUUUAACUCAGAAACACAAAACCUUAAAUCUCAAAAAGACAUUUACUCUGAAUUGAUAAACUAAACAGUAUCAGAGACACUGAAACUUAGAGAAGAAAAUCUUAAUUGGGUGUAAAGUAUCUAAACAAAGCACUUCAAUCUUUCUUCUGCAGAAACUACAGGACAAAAGAUACAGCUUAAAAAAAUAGAAGGUAUUAUUCCUGCUUCAUUCGAAAAAGUAAUUAAAUAUUACAAUGAAGCCUUUGAUAAUAGUUAAUAUGCAAGAAACAAAGAAUGUGGAAGCUAAUUGUUAAUAGAAAAACUUGAUGAAAGCUCUUUAAUUACUUUGUAUAGAGGAGAUGGAAAUGCCUUUAUCAGUCCAAGAGAACAUUUAUCAAUUUAAAAUAAAAUAUAAUUAAAUGAAAGCUAAAUUCUUAUCACCAGAACUACUCUCUCUGAAUACUAUAAAGUUAAAACUGAUCCUUAAGCUAUUCGUAUAAAUGGUAUUUAUAGCAUUUUCCUCAAAAAGAUAAGCGAUAAUGAAACCCAUUUCUUAUCUUAUUAUCGUUUUGACAUAGGAUAUGUUCCUUAUAUUUUUAUGAAUAUGGCAUCAGAAAAGCGUAUAAAUGUUCUUGAAAAUGAUAUUGAAUUUAUAAAUAAAAUUAAUUGA